GUGUGUGUGUAAAUUGACAGCAAGGCAAGGGGGACCAAAGUGUUGUCUGCUGUUGCGUGAAGAAAUGUCAUUUGUUUGUCAAAUACAAAUGUGUGUGAUUUUCAUGCGAUGCAAUCCAUUUCAAGACACACACAUACACAAUACAAAUCAUAUGUGAAUUAUGCUCAUAGUCUUUCACUGGGGCCCCACGAAAAAAAAAGAGAGAAGUGAGAAGACAGAAGAAACCAUCAAAACGAUGAAGGUUUAGUAGCUCGCACACAAUUAACACACAACGACUCAUACGCUCGCUUUGUAUCUGCUGGCUGAAACAAAAAGAACAAAAAACAACACCAAAGAAACGAACGACGAGCUACUAUAAACUACUUGAUGAUGUAUUUGGGUUAAAAUGUUAUCGCUUCUACCAAAAGUUGAGUCAAUACAGUUAAUUUUGACUUUGAUUCAAGUGGUGUUUUCGAUUUAGCCUAGACACAACCACUUUCAUCCACACACGAUCUCAGUAACGACGAAAAAUAUGGCAGGCAUUUAUGGACUUUCACGCGAAGCCGUUCGCGUAAAAGUAAAAAAAUGUGAAGCAAGUCUACCGCCUGAGUGGCGAAAAUUCAGUGUUGAUCCGCAGAUCACAUCGUUAGAAGUUUUGUAUAGCAUUCUGGCAAAAGCGUUUGACCUAAAAUCCGAGUUUACCAUAAGCUACAAGACAGCCGAUCCGAACGACGGUCAGGAAGUGUAUUUGCCUGUUUUGUCGGAUUGGGAUCUCGAUGCAGCCUUCCUCAGAGCUCACAAUCAUUCCAUAUCGUUUGGCACCGAUCCUUGUUUAACAUUAACGGUAGAUAUAAAACCAUUUUCCGAAGCAUCUGAUUGGGAUCCAACAAAUUCAACGUCAAAAGAGGUGACACCGUUGCAACAAUCAAUUGGCGUUGGUCAUAAGUACGUGCAAAAUGUGCAAAUCCGUUUGCCUGGCCUGAUUAUGAACCAAAUGGAGAAAACAUUUUCAAUGGUGACGCGUGCACUGAAUUUUGUUGAAGAUCAAAGCAUUUUGCAGCCACUGCGUCAACCACUCUCGGAUGCUGAGUUUCGUUCAUUUCUCGAUUCCGUGGGACAAAUUGUACAAGCGAAAAAUCUACGAAAAGUUAUUUAUAACGGUGGAAUUGAUCCGUCGUUAAGACGUGUCGUAUGGAAGCACAUAUUGAAUGUUUAUCCCGAUGGCAUGACGGGCAAACAACGUAUGGAUUAUAUGAAACAAAAGGCGGCCGAAUAUUGUCGAUUACGCGAUGUGUGGCGAGUGGCUGUGCAACAAGGACCGGUCACGGGUGAAUUAGCCUAUGUAACGAGCAUGGUGCGCAAAGAUGUGCUUCGAACCGAUCGACUGCAUCCAUUUUACGCGGGCAACGAUGAUAAUCAAAAUAUAGCAUCACUUUUCAAUAUUCUCACCACAUAUGCACUCAAUCAUCCAGCAGUGAGCUAUUGCCAGGGCAUGUCGGACAUUGCGUCACCGCUUUUAGUAACGAUGUGCGAUGAGGCUCAGGCGUACAUAUGCUUUUGUGCAAUUAUGAAGCGUUUGACCACAAAUUUCAUGCUUGAUGGAAUUGCAAUGACACAGAAAUUCGCACACCUAUCCGAAGCUUUACAAUUUUAUGACCCCGAAUUUUAUGAGUACUUAAAACAGCAGCAAGCGGAUGAUUUAUUAUUUUGCUAUCGUUGGCUGUUGCUGGAAAUGAAGCGUGAAUUUGCUUUCGACGAUUCGCUCCGUAUGCUAGAGGUGUUGUGGUCGAGUUUACCAUCGCAACCGCCGAACGGUGAAUUGAAUUUGUUCGAAAAGGAAUUUAUACCAAAAGAUGCACAAUCAUCGCCGAAAAAGACCAAAUCCGAUGUUAAAAUGCGAAAACCACGUGAAACAGCAUACACUAAACUAUGCGCACUUCGACGUCAAAGUUCUUCACAAUCAUUACUAACCACAUCACCGAAUGCACCCAAUGCCAGCGAUUCAACAACGUUCGGCCGCAGUUUGGACGGAACAAAACGGUUUAACCAAAGUCUAGACGAGAAUAUAACACGAACACCAGUCGGCAACAGUCGAAAUAUAUCAAAAAGCUAUCAAAGCCUAGACGAAUCAAAACUUCGGCAUCAAAAAACAAUCACGCAAUCAAUCGAAGCCAGUGACCAGUCGCCAGUUAACAAUUUUGAAGUGAAAAACAAUGAGAAAAAUCAACAGCAACAUCAGCUGUCGCAAGCAUCGCUCAACAAUAAUGACGAACAUGAUUCGGCAUCGACACGAACAACGCACACCAAACAAGAGGAACAAUCGACGGCCAACAAUAAUAUUUUGCCGAUGUCAGAAAAUUCAACCAGUUCCAGCCAUUUCCAGGGGAUCAAAGAUCGAAUUGUGGCUGGGAAAAAGGAGAUUUUUGCAUCGCUCGACAAAAUUGAAAAGUAUCCGUUUGAGGAUUUAGUAAAAACGGGCUCCAUUGAUUCGAUGAAUUCAGGUGAUACCACGCCAAAGGGAGGAAAAAUUGUGAAAAAUUUCAAUGAGUUCCUGAAUUUUGCGUCAAAAGGUGCGAAACUUUCAUUGAACCGUUCGGCCAGUGUCAGUGAAUCGCGUAGCAAACGAGCCCCACUCCGCUCAACACGAUCGUCACAUCAAAAUUUAAACUCGAACAAAACUUCGGAAACCGACUUAAAUUCCAUCGAUGACAAAUUACACAGAAGAUCCGACGAUUUGAGCCCAAAAGAGAAUGAGCCGAAUGUUGAGUGUCGCCCUAACAAAAAGACACUUCAAUUGCAAUUGGAAGAGCGUAAGCAAUGCAGUUUUGAUGGCAGUAGUCCCGAUGAUUCCGAAUAUUUUCCAAUGACCACUUCCAUAACACGUGAACUACGGCUUGAAUUGGACAAUUUGAAUCGGCAAGUGUUUGGAAAUAGUUUUUCGCCAAAAGUGAAUGUAAAUGGUUUUGAGACCAAGGAAUCGCCCGAAAGUGCCGGCUCACACAUAAGCAAUAAUCGAUCACCAGCCAACUUUUGCACGGAUAUCUCAUACACGAAACUCAAUCAAAACUCCGAAGAUGAAGCGCAACUAGAUAAAAUUUAUAGUUUACCCAAUGAUAAGAAUCCGAAUGAAAUGCUAGAAAAAGGCGGUUUGGACAAGCAAUGGAAACGGCCGAGUACGUCGAGCAUAAAUGCCGAAGUGUUUGUUUGGGAGAAUCCGCUGCAUGUCUCGCCAACAGUUCAAGAGCCAAGCACAUCUCAAACGCAUUUCUAUGCGGACACCAAAAACCCAUUUCAUGAAAAAGACUUUCUACAAACGCUCACACCCGACGAACAAACUGAGCUCGAAUACGAUGGCGAGAUUAUUGACGAAGUUACUGGUAAAAAAUCAAUUACGCCCAUUCGAUUGAUACGCAAGAAAGAGGAUGGUGGCGGUGGUUCGUUAAAACGAAAUUCGAGCAUUUUCCAAAACGAUUCCGAAUCGGAUAGCGAGAAUAGUGAAAGAGUGCUAAAUGACCUCAUGAAAACGUCAAUGCUCAGUGAAACGAAUCCAUUUUUAAUGGACUUGACUGCAUCGCUUGAAGAGACUGCAAAUAUAACUCAAGUUAUCGACAAAACCACUACAGCCAACAAUCCCGAUGUUUUUAUCGAUGAAGAAGCAUCCGAAGCCGAAACCGAAACUAAUUCUAUUGUUCUGGAAAAAACGACCACAUCAUUGCCACCACCCACGGAAUUUGGAGGCGGCAAUCCAUUUUUGAUGUUCCUUUGUCUGUCUCUGUUACUUCAACAUCGAAAUUUUGUGAUGAAAAAUAAUAUGGAUUACAAUGAAAUGGCAAUGCACUUCGAUAAAAUGGUACGGAAACACAAUGUUGUGCGAGUAUUGAAUCAAGCGAGACGCAUGUAUGCUGAUUACUUGAAAUCGCAGAAUUUCCAACGCAGUGCAACGAAUACGGGAGGUGAUAGCAAUGGUAGCAUUGGAGGUAGCAACGGCAGUGGCAGCGGUGGCGUCAACAGAACCGACACAAACCAUGUCGAUAACAAACAGUGAUAAUAUUAUGUCGAAUAGCAUCUAUUCGAAUGCAAGCAAAUUAGAAUUUCAAAAAUUGAUAUUAGCUCGUAAGGUGUCACACCAUAUUUAUUCAAUAUAUUAGCUUGUAUUUUUCCGGGAAAGCCCAUUUCUUAUGACCGACACAACAAUGUUGAUAUAAUAAGAAAUCAAUGAAAUACUCAUUCCAAUCUAUAUAUAUAUAUAUUUUCGUUCCAAUUGUGCGCCACGGCCGGUAUGAGGGUUUUAUGCGAUUAUCGGUUAUAGAAAUAUUUACAAUCACAAAAACAACUCGAAUUCCAGUCAAACAUUUUAUCAAGAUAUGAAAAAAAAAGAAACAAAUUUGGUUUAUUUUCCCCACGCCUAAGAUGGAGAGACAUUUUGGAGAUGGUUUAUUAUUUCCCCUGUUUUAUGAUAUUUUAUUGUUUUGACGUUUCAAACACACAACAAAUUUGAUGUGAAGUGCAACAAAUUGCAUUUAAAUUAGUACGUUAAGCACUGGGCAAGGCAAAAUUAUUUGCAGAACAAUCCGGCAUAUUAUAUCGAAUAAAAAUCCAAAAAGAAUAAUAAAAAACGGAAAAAAAUUCAUCAACAAA